AUGCCGGAAAGUAUCGAUAUUUCAUCACUGAAUAGGAAAAGUCUUAUCGAGGAGAAUAAAGCGCUCAAGGAACACAUCGAUGAAAUAAUGAAUGGCUCACGAGUUGAAGUGAUCGAAAAUCUCCUUCGGGAAAACGAAAAACUUCAAGAAGAGCUGAAGGAAGCGAAAUCGUAUGUUGACCAGGUGGACGUUGAAGCGGAACAGCAGUAUACCGAGCUCUCAUCCGAAAUCACAGAAUUGUGUGAGCUAGUUGAAAGGAAAGACAACGAAAUCAAAGCUUUGAAAGAGAAAUUGGCUGAGCUGAACAAGACAAUCGAGAAAAACAAUGAAGUUGCUGAACAGCAGAAGCAAACUGCUCAGCGGCAAACAGAAAUUAUCGAAUCUCUAAGGGACGAACUGGAUAGUGAAAAGGAAAAAUCAGCACUGUCAGCAAAGGAAAAAGAUAAAGUACAGGAGGAACUGAAUGCGUUGAAAAAAACUAUAGAAACGGAAAAAGGCGAUGCAUUGGCAAAGGAUGUGCUUCUAUCGAUAGAAUUAGAGGACAUGCAGAGGGAAUUAGAAAAACAAAAAGAGAUUCUGGCAAGCACAAGUAUCGCUCAAAUCGCUAACAAGUGGGAACGUAGAGUACUGAGUUUGGAGAAUGAGAUUCGGGAACGAGAUAUUCUUAUUCAUACUCAACAAAGCGUUAUUAAUGAACUCAAGAGGACAAUGAGAGAUAACAGCGGGCUUCUACACAGCGGCGGCAGCAGUUCGGAUUCAUUUCAAACGCGAGAUAACAGCCCUUCGUCACGAUUCUCUGUCGUUAAGUACAUUUUGAGUGAUGUAAACAGCCAACUAGCCAACGUAUAUGCUAUUGCCCGUAUCCUGGAUCUCUCAUCGCAAGAAUUGGACUAUCUGGAAAAAAGUCUCGAAAACAAGCAGAGCAAACGAUAUUUAUACUAA